GGCAGGCAGGAAGCCCCUCGGCUUGGCAAUGCGUGCGAGCUGAGAGAGCGCAAAUGCAAACUGAAACCCCACUCCUUUCCUGAUAACAGAGAAGAGAGACGGUGAGGAGAAAGAAGCCGACUGGAAAUCCUACCCUCCGUGUAUUUAUGAUAGUUUAAAGGUCUAUUUCGAGAAUGUACGACCGUUUGGAUCCCCGGCGCGAGCGUAGACAUGUUUCUAAGGGCAUAAUAGGUACCGUCGUCUGACCGUGGAGGGCUCGAGCGCUUUCCUUUCCCCCUCUUGGUGAGGGGCUGUAUUGUAACGAGGUUUUUGGGGCUUUUUACAUUUGAAUCCUACUGCGCAACCAGACGGAUCACGUGGGACGUGGAGUUGAUCGAUUCGCACAGUUAAAUGUGAGAAGAGAAACGAGGAAAAGAUCUGUUAAAAAGCCACAACCGUUUUUUUCUGGAUUACGGGUGACUACUUUUACCGAGGGAAAUACGUCGGCGGGCUUUGGAACCUGGGUGAUUUUUAUGCCUGUGUAAAAUGGAGACGCACAUAUCGUGCCUCUUUCCGGAAAUUUUAGCCAUGAUUUUCAGUUACUUGGAUGUAAGGGACAAAGGCAGAGUGGCCCAAGUCUGCGCCGCUUGGAGGGACGCUUCCUACCACAAGUCCGUGUGGAGGGGGGUUGAAGCCAAGCUGCAUCUACGGCGGGCCAACCCUUCCCUCUUCCCCAGCCUACAGGCCCGCGGCAUCCGGAGAGUACAGAUCCUUAGCCUGCGCCGAAGCCUUAGCUACGUGAUCCAGGGGAUGCCAAACAUCGAGAGCUUAAACUUGAGUGGCUGUUAUAACUUAACGGAUAACGGCCUGGGGCACGCGUUCGUCCAGGAGAUCCCCUCCCUGAGGGUCCUAAACCUUAGUCUGUGUAAGCAGAUCACGGACUCCAGCCUGGGCCGGAUCGCCCAGUAUCUAAAGAACCUGGAAGUGCUGGAGCUGGGCGGGUGUAGCAACAUCACUAACACAGGGCUGUUACUCAUAGCGUGGGGCUUACACCGGCUCAAGAGCCUCAACCUCCGCAGUUGCCGGCAUGUGUCUGACGUGGGCAUCGGUCACCUGGCGGGGAUGACCCGCAGCGCGGCAGAAGGCUGCCUCAACCUGGAAUACCUGACACUGCAGGACUGUCAGAAACUCACCGAUCUGUCCCUCAAACACAUCUCAAAGGGCCUAACCAAACUCAAAGUUCUCAACUUGAGUUUUUGCGGCGGCAUCUCCGACGCGGGAAUGCUCCACCUCUCCCAUAUGACGAGCCUGUGGAGCCUUAACCUGCGGUCGUGCGACAACAUCAGUGACACCGGCAUCAUGCACCUCGCGAUGGGCACGCUCAGGCUCUCGGGACUAGAUGUGUCCUUCUGUGACAAGAUAGGCGACCAGAGCCUUGCUUACAUCGCCCAGGGCCUGUACCAGCUCAAAUCCCUGUCCCUGUGCUCGUGCCACAUCAGUGACGAUGGCAUCAAUAGGAUGGUGCGCCAGAUGCACGAGCUCAGAACCCUGAACAUUGGGCAGUGCGUGCGGAUUACAGACAAAGGACUAGAGCUCAUUGCCGACCACUUGACACAGUUGACCGGGAUCGAUCUGUAUGGAUGUACGAAAAUCACAAAACGGGGACUGGAACGAAUAACGCAACUCCCGUAUCUUAAAGUUUUGAAUCUGGGACUUUGGCAGAUGACAGAGAGUGAAAAAGUGAGGUGAAACCCAACUUGGCGAAGCUUAGUUGAGGAGGGGGAAACAUAAGAAGAGGGAGGGGUAUGAGCAGCGGAGCAGAGACGAGUGGGCGGGGAAACUUUCCUUAUUUAAAAAACGAAUCCUCUGUUUGCUAUCAAUGUCGUAGCCUAGUUGGAUAAUUGUUUUUAAUUCAAUGUAUCUAAAAGCUUCAAAACUGUGACUUAUCAUGUUUUACGAUUUUAGGCAUAUAAGGAAAAUACAAUUAAUCACCAUCAAAACAGUUUUUUCAUUAUUAACCACAAAUUUACCCCGCCCCCGCGUUAUGAGACAAUUAAAAAAAAACUUUUUUUGUUUCUAUCGGAGUCGCAAUAUUUAACUUCAACCUCUCCAACUAUCGCGCCUAAAACAUUUGGCUACCUCGUUGAUCAGUGUGUUGUGAUAAAUCCAUGUAUUCUUAAAAAGAACGAGAAGAGAAGAUACAUUGUGCCUAUAGCCGUGCAGGGCUAGUCCCCUCCCCCAUCGCAUCUCACGCUUGGAGAAUCGAAGCAGAAAAAGGACCCCUAAGUACCUUGGUGUUAAUUUGCCCAGAAACGCUUAACAAUAAAGAAAAACGAAAGGAGUUCGUUUAAAAAGGGACUGCUCGCAUUCAGACAAAAACAGCGACUUUAUGCAAAUUAAACGGAUUAAAUACCGGUUUGUAUCCCAAAUAUUUUUUUGUUUUGUUUUGUUUACUUUUUAGCCCAACUUAAAGGCAUUGUAGCCUCGGAUUGAAGCUUUGAAUAAGGGGGGUAUUUCCAUCCCCUUUUCUGCUGGUAUAUUUAUGCUUAUGUAAGCAGAUAUUGUUGAAUUACUAGCUAUUAUUCAGAGCGUUGUACUUCAAAUUGAAGUGAUUUCUAUAAUAGAAAUGUUGGCCCUUUUCUCAAUCAGGUUUUUCCCUGUUUCAAGUAAUUCCACCAUAUCCUCGAGAUAUGAUUAAACACACACGUCCACAAUAACAACAACAUAGACACUCCUGGAAUACUAUCUAAUACAAGCUUUAGAAUUAAGAAGCAAUCGAUCAUCCUUUUCUCGAGUUCUAAGCGAAUGCGUGUCAGGCCUACAUGGAACCAAUGGAAUAAUAACAUGAUGUUCUGAUCGAACUGAACUGCAACAUGUAUUGAGUCCUGCUGAAAAGCUACUGUGUUUUAAUGUACUGUAUGUGUGUUUGUAAAAAAAACUGAAUCCAAAAUGAAAUUGUUUUAUAUUCUUACAGUAAACAUUAA